AGCGAGGGCUGUAGGGGAGGGAGGCAGCUGGUCCUCCCCGUGAGCCUGCGAGAAUGCAGCAGGGGGCCGGGGGCCUGGGAGGCACGAACUCCCCUCGCCCCUGAGCCCGGCUGCACACCUGGCUCACGGGCCAGUUUCGUGCCAAGUGCAGUCGAGAAACAGGCGCCAGGAAAGCAAAAAGAGGGGGCGCUGAGAGUGUUCAUCCCCAGAGCAGGCCCUUCUUCGGACAGGGGAAGAAGAGAAGAAGGACCCAGUGAGUGCGCCAUCGUUUUCAAUGCCUCUCUGAACAGCCCUUAGGAAGAGUGCGAGAGAAAGAGCGCGCGCCAAGGAGAGGAGACAAGAAGAUGAGGAUUAUUUGCAGACAGAUUGUCUUGUUAUUUUCUGGAUUUUGGGGACUCGCCAUGGGAGCCUUUCCAAGCAGCGUGCAAAUAGGUGGUCUCUUCAUCCGAAACACAGAUCAGGAAUAUACUGCUUUUCGAUUAGCAAUUUUUCUUCAUAACACCAGCCCCAAUGCGUCGGAAGCGCCUUUUAAUUUGGUACCUCAUGUGGACAACAUUGAGACAGCCAACAGUUUUGCUGUAACAAAUGCUUUCUGUUCCCAGUACUCUAGAGGAGUAUUUGCCAUUUUUGGACUCUAUGAUAAGAGGUCAGUACAUACCUUGACCUCAUUCUGCAGCGCCUUACACAUCUCCCUCAUCACUCCAAGUUUCCCUACGGAGGGGGAGAGCCAGUUCGUGUUGCAGCUAAGGCCCUCCUUGAGAGGAGCGCUCUUGAGUCUGCUGGAUCACUAUGAAUGGAACUGUUUUGUCUUCCUGUAUGACACAGACAGGGGAUAUUCAAUACUUCAAGCUAUUAUGGAGAAAGCAGGACAAAAUGGUUGGCAUGUCAGCGCUAUAUGUGUGGAAAAUUUUAAUGAUGUCAGCUAUAGACAACUUCUAGAAGAACUUGAUAGAAGACAAGAGAAGAAAUUUGUAAUAGACUGUGAGAUAGAGAGGCUUCAAAACAUAUUAGAACAGAUUGUGAGUGUUGGAAAGCAUGUUAAAGGCUACCAUUAUAUCAUUGCAAACUUGGGAUUCAAGGAUAUUUCUCUUGAAAGGUUUAUACACGGUGGAGCCAAUGUUACAGGAUUCCAGCUGGUGGAUUUUAAUACGCCUAUGGUAACCAAGCUAAUGGAUCGCUGGAAGAAACUCGAUCAGAGAGAGUAUCCAGGAUCUGAGACUCCUCCAAAGUACACAUCUGCUUUGACUUAUGAUGGAGUCCUUGUGAUGGCUGAAACUUUCCGAAGUCUAAGAAGGCAGAAAAUUGAUAUUUCAAGGAGAGGAAAUGCUGGUGAUUGUCUGGCAAAUCCUGCUGCUCCAUGGGGCCAGGGAAUUGACAUGGAGAGGACACUCAAACAGGUUCGAAUUCAAGGGCUGACAGGGAACGUUCAGUUCGACCACUAUGGACGUAGGGUCAAUUACACAAUGGACGUGUUUGAGCUGAAGAGCACAGGGCCUAGGAAGGUUGGUUACUGGAAUGAUAUGGAUAAAUUAGUCUUGAUUCAAGAUGUACCCACUCUUGGCAAUGACACAGCAGCUAUUGAGAACAGAACAGUGGUUGUAACCACAAUUAUGGAAUCCCCAUAUGUUAUGUACAAGAAAAAUCACGAAAUGUUUGAAGGAAAUGACAAGUAUGAAGGAUACUGUGUAGAUUUGGCAUCUGAAAUUGCAAAACAUAUUGGUAUCAAGUAUAAAAUUGCCAUUGUCCCUGAUGGAAAAUAUGGAGCAAGGGAUGCAGACACAAAAAUCUGGAAUGGGAUGGUAGGAGAACUUGUUUACGGGAAAGCAGAGAUUGCUAUUGCCCCUCUGACAAUCACUUUGGUCCGAGAGGAGGUCAUUGACUUCUCUAAGCCCUUCAUGAGUUUGGGCAUAUCUAUUAUGAUCAAAAAGCCUCAGAAAUCUAAACCAGGAGUGUUUUCCUUCUUGGAUCCUCUGGCCUAUGAGAUCUGGAUGUGCAUAGUCUUUGCCUACAUUGGUGUCAGCGUGGUCUUGUUCCUAGUUAGUAGGUUUAGUCCAUAUGAGUGGCACACAGAAGAGCCAGAGGACGGAAAGGAAGGACCAAGCGACCAACCUCCCAACGAGUUUGGCAUCUUUAACAGCCUCUGGUUUUCCCUGGGUGCUUUUAUGCAGCAAGGAUGUGACAUUUCACCCAGAGAAAGGAAAAUGUGCAUUAUCUUAUCCAUGUUUAGAUCCCUCUCAGGUCGAAUUGUUGGAGGUGUUUGGUGGUUCUUUACGCUCAUCAUUAUCUCAUCUUACACCGCUAACCUCGCUGCUUUCCUGACGGUGGAGCGAAUGGUCUCCCCCAUAGAAAGUGCAGAAGACCUGGCCAAACAAACAGAAAUUGCCUAUGGAACAUUGGAUUCAGGGUCAACAAAAGAAUUCUUCAGAAGAUCAAAAAUAGCAGUGUAUGAAAAGAUGUGGACCUACAUGCGAUCCGCAGAGCCGUCAGUGUUCACUAGGACUACAGCUGAGGGAGUGGCUCGCGUCCGCAAGUCCAAGGGCAAAUUUGCCUUUCUCCUGGAGUCCACUAUGAAUGAAUACAUUGAGCAGCGAAAGCCGUGUGACACGAUGAAAGUGGGAGGAAAUCUGGAUUCGAAAGGCUAUGGAGUAGCAACGCCCAAGGGUUCCUCAUUAAGAAAUGCUGUUAACCUCGCAGUUUUAAAACUGAAUGAACAAGGCCUCUUGGACAAAUUGAAAAACAAAUGGUGGUACGACAAAGGAGAAUGUGGCAGCGGGGGAGGUGACUCCAAGGACAAGACGAGUGCCUUGAGCCUGAGCAACGUGGCAGGCGUCUUCUACAUUCUGGUUGGCGGAUUGGGCUUGGCAAUGCUGGUGGCUUUGAUAGAGUUCUGUUACAAGUCCAGGGCAGAAGCGAAGAGAAUGAAGCUGACUUUUUCUGAAGCCAUAAGAAACAAAGCCAGACUGUCCAUCACUGGGAGUGUGGGUGAAAACGGCCGCGUGUUGACGCCCGACUGCCCAAAGGCUGUACACACUGGAACUGCAAUUAGACAAAGUUCAGGAUUGGCUGUCAUUGCAUCGGACCUACCAUAAAAACCAAAAAAAUAAUUGAGUGCCUUAAUUAAACUGUGUUGGUAACUGACGGGAAUGCAGCCCUGAGGGACACGCCUCUCGCGGGUCUUGGCUAAUCCAACCAACCCUUCGGCUGAGAGCGGGAAGUACGUCCCACUGCCCCGGACCGUAGCAGCAGCAGCAAUGUGUGCAUGAGCUCAGCUCGGAAACCCAAACUCGGAUUUUAUAUCAGGAAAACUCACAACUUAGGUUUUCUCGGGGAGUGGGUGGGGGGAUCUGGGAUGGGUGUAUUAACAGCAACAAAUUUCACUCGCGAGGACUUAAAAACUAACUAGACUUGUGAGUUAGCACAUCAACUGUGAAGUUCUUGCUCAGAAAGGCCUUGUUUCCUCAUAACAAGGGGUGAAAUAAUUGUAGAAGUCAAUGAACUUGCUAAUCUGUGUCUCCAGAACACCCAUAUAAUCAAGGGAAGACCAUCCAGCUGAGAAAACAAAUCACUAAACUGUGAUAAGAAAAUGAUAAACAAACAUGUAAAUCCUGUGAAAAAAAAUUUAAAGGACGUAUUUACACUUACUUUGGAGAAAAAUACUGAAACAUGCUUGCUUUUUAACUGAUGUAAAUUCUGUAGAGGACAACACGAUUCUUUUUUCUAACCAUCUUAGGGAACAAUACAUUGCAAUAAUUGAUAUAAAUGCCAUCACUGUAAUAAACUUUAGAGACUUUUUUUUAAUAAAAGGUGUUGGUCAUCUUGUUUGCUGUAACCUUCACUCUUUCACAUGAAUCAGUGUCCGCAGGUUGCAUUUGUCUCACUACGAGGGAAAAAAUAAAAUGAAGACGACAUUAACAUAAAAUCAUCAGUCUGAAUGUAGAAUCAAGAGACUACGGGUCACUCAUGGUAUCGAUAUUAUUUAUACUCUUGUUCUGUGUACAAAAUUGUGGUUUUUGUACCCACCAAAAAGAAUAAAACAACAGACAUUCUUAUAAUAUCUACAGAGCUUAAAGUUUUUUUCUUAUCAUUAUAAAAGUUAUUUGAGAAAUUAUACAACUAUAGGAGGGGUUGUAAAGUGUGGGCCAUAUUGGAAAAUAUAGCUAGCCCUUAUUAUUUUUGCAUACUAGAUUACCCUCUUUUACAGAUUUUUGCCUCAUUAGCAGGUUAAUGUCAAAGGUGGAGUGUUUGAAUUGGGGAAUUAACCAUUGUCAUAACAGCAACUCAUAAUAGCAACAUACUCUGUAAUUAUAUUGAAAUUUUACUUGACUGUAUUUUGCUGCAUAAAAUAAUGUGUCCCUUUGGGCUUCUGCCCCCAUUUUUGUGAUUCCAUUUAAAUCAUUUGAAGGCAUUAACAAUAGUUUGUGGUAAACAACAAAUGAGGAAUAUGUCCUUGUUUUCAAAUGGAAAUUGUGAAGAAAAUUAUACCAUGUUUAUUUACAAAAGGCACCUCAUGUUAUGAAUGGAUUAAAUUAACAUAGAACAAAAGAAGUUGCAAAUCAUUUGAAAUAAUAAAUAGUACUAUAAGACAAAUAAACAUCACAACACUUAGAGAUCAUACUUGACAGAAAGCACAAGUUAGGAUUAUUUUGGAAGUCUGGCCUUGAAGGAUGAGUUGAGUUUUCAUAGAUGGAGAAGGCGGUAAGAGCCUUAUGGAUGAGCAGUGGCCCAAAGCUGUGCAUGUCACUGGCUUGUUUGCUGAAUAGGCUGGAGAGAGCACAGGGUGUGUUAUCAUGGAAGAUAACAGCAGAAAAGGUAAAGGACUGAUCACCUUGCCUCAGCACUCAAGAUUCCCACCCCCCAUUCAAUCUCUGUGCUGUAGUAAAAGCAAUCUGUAAAAAAGUUAAAAUCUAUUAACACACACAGACACACACACGUAUUAGUCCCUCAAAAUUCCAAGCUCUUACGCAGAGAAAAUGAGUCUCUGUAUGACCUAGUCCUUAUCUAUGUCUUGCAAGACUUUUCUCACCCCUACCAAACCUUUCUCCCCUGCAAAUGAACCUCAAAAGCAGCACACGGGACACUGCAUUUACUAUUUCUUCAGUGUGUAACUCUUUCCUAUCUCCACUUUUCCUGAUUAACUUGUACUCAUCCUUCAGUACUCAAAUUGAAUUUGACCUGCCCUGGGAAUAUUUCCAUCCACGAUCCCUUGCAUACAAGACUGAGUUAGGUGCCCUUUUAAUGUUUUCUCCCCAUUACUGCACUUACCAUACUGCAUUGUAAUUGCCUGUGUACUUGUCUGUAUAACUACUAGACUGUAAGCUCCUUGAGGGCAGGGACUGUGUCUAUUUUGUUCACAGUUGUAUCCCCAGCACCCAGCACAGUGC